AUGGCUACAAGAGGACAAGCACCAGCUCCUAGACAACCUUCAGGCCCAGCCCCAUUUUACGCAUGCUAUUUACUAUCCUCUCUGGACAAGCAUUGGAAGAAUCACUGCUAUGUUGGAUCGACUCCAAACCCUUUACGACGAAUACGACAGCAUAAUGGAGAGACAGCUGGUGGUGCCAAGAAGACUGAAAAGAAACGGCCAUGGGAAAUGGCACUCGUAGUUCAUGGCUUCCCAACGAAAUUCGCAGCACUACAAUUUGAAUGGGCAUGGCAGAAUCCACACUAUUCUCGACACUUUGAACGUGGAGAGUAUACACGUGGUGGCAAGAAUCGAUUGUUGCCUGCUAAAUUAAUAGUCAUGGCAGACAUGAUUGGUCGAAAGCCGUGGAAUCGGUGGCCAUUGACGCUGCAUUUUAAUAAUUGGCAAGUACAUGCAACGUAUAAUCAGCUUGGUAUUGUGCCUCCUCCGCAUGUUAUUAUUACUUUGGGAAGCAUGGAGUCGCUUGAGCCUUUGCUUGUUGACAAUGAUGAAAACAUUGCCAAGUCUAUGACUCAGCUGACAGUCUCCAAGAAGUGUAAAUUGUGUGAAGAGGAAAUCAAUACUACCGCACAAGCAUAUGGCACAUGGCUAUCAUGCUCCCACGAAGGCUGUAAUAUGAUUGCACACGUACUCUGUCUGGCUCGUCGUUUCCUCGAAGCAGAAGAAAGGUCAUCCGCACCAUCAGACUUUAAACGAUUAUUACCAGUCUCUGGCACAUGUCCCGUAUGUACUGGUGCCAUGCGAUGGGGUGAUAUCGUGCAGACUAUGGAAGGGAGGGUUCGAACAACAAAACCUAAACGAAGAGCUACCAGUAGAGGGCCCAAACCUGCAUCAGCUGCCUCUGAAGAAGAAGACGAGGAUGAAGACGAGGAGGAAGAUGAUGACGACGAAGAAGACGAUGAUAGUAGUGAGGAAGAAUCGGACAGUGAUUUAGAACCGCCGUCUAGUCAGCUAUCACAAAAGUCAAAACCAUCGGCAUCGCAAUCUAAAUCGAAACGAUCUACGUCAGCUCAACCUUCUAAAGUGAGUAACGGUGGUGCUAGUAGUAACGCAUCGCAAUCAAAUAACGCUGCUGGUAACGGUGGUAAAUCGUCACAAUCAAAAGCAUCAAAGUCUCAAACAGAACCAGUGAUCAAGCCACCAUUAGCUCCAUUGACACGUAAUCUAGGUCCUGCAGUGUCCUUGACCCGCGCAUUGUCUACCUCGACGUUACAACAGCAGCAACAGCUUGGUGAGAAGCCGCCACCACGGAAAACCAAGUCACAGAGCAUCAACUUAGAUGAUUCUGAUGACGAUACGACGGUGGAAUCAUUUAAGGCUUUUAAAUCCCGUCGAACCGGCUGA